AAACCGUAGAGAAGUGAAUAGAGAAAUGACGAUGACGAGCAGCAUGAAUGAAUCAGAAGCUAAGCUGGACAUGAGAAGAACUGCAAAUUAUAAACCCAACAUUUGGAAAGAUGAUUUUCUGCAGUCUCUUGCAAGUAAAUAUGAAAAAGAAGAAUUUGCUAUGCAAUUAAACAAGUGGGUGAUUGAAGUGAAAUGCCUUUUUGUUCAAGAGUUGGACGUUUUGCAAAAAUUAGAAUUGGUUGAUUGGAUUCAUAAACUAGGCCUUGCUAGUCAUUUUGAGAAGGAAAUAGAUGAGUUUCUUCAAACUAUAUUUGUCUCUGCCCAAAAUUUUAACAAAUUUAAGGUGAAAGAUAAUAUGCACAUGUCUACUCUAUGCUUCAAGCUUCUAAGGCUGCAUGGUUACCAUGUUUUUCCAGCAGAUAUACUAAGCAACUUCUUGGAUGUGAGGGACAACUCAUUUGCUAGUAAUGUUAAGAAUAUUGUGGAGCUUCUUGAGGCCUCACAUUUGGGUUUAGACGGUGAACAAAUCUUAGAAGAGGCCAAAAAAUUUGCAAUAAAUUGGCUCAAAGAUGCUCUCAAGUCAACUUCAAGUUCUAUCAACAUAGAACUAUGUGAUAAUAACAUGGUUGUUCAAAGAGUGGUCCAUGCCUUGGAGCUUCCUUCUCAUUGGAGAGUACCAUGGUUUGAUGUGAAAUGGCACAUGAAUCAAUACCAAACUAUAGAACACAUGGACCCCGUUUUACUUGAACUUGCUAAGUUAAACUUCAACAUUAUACAAGCUAAACUUCAAAAGGAGGUCAAGGAAUUAUCCAGGUGGUGGGAGAAACUUGGCAUAAAAGAAGAGUUGCGUUUUGCACGAAAUAGGUUGGUUGAAAGCUUCAUGUGUGCAGCAGGGGUUGCUUUUGAGGCCAAGUAUAAAUCCUUGAGGAAAUGGCUUACUAAAGUCAUUAUUUUCGUAUUAGUGAUUGAUGAUAUUUAUGAUAUCCACGCCUCAUUUGAAGAACUCAACCCGUUCACAAUGGCAUUUCAUAGAUGGGAUGCCAAAGAAAUUGAUGAACUUCCAGAGUACAUGAAGAUUUGCUUCAAUGCACUUCAAGAUAUCACAAAUGAAAUUGCUUAUGAUAUUGGAGGAGAAAAGAAUUUCAAUAUGGUGUUACAUUACCUAAAGAAAACGUGGAUUGAGUUUUGCAAGGCCUUAUACGUGGAAGCAAAGUGGUACCAAAUGGGAUAUAUUCCAUCGUUGCAAGAAUAUUUAAACAAUGCAUGGAUUACAUCUUCAGGGCCAUUAAUUUUACUUCAUUCAUAUUUUGCCACAAUGUGUGAAGUAACAGAUGAGAUAGAUGACUUUCCAGACAUAUAUGAAGAUUUGGUCUACAAUGUAUCUAUCAUCAUUCGGUUGUGCAAUGAUCUUGGCACCGCAGUGGCUGAAAGGGAAAGGGGUGAUGCUGCUUCGUCAAUUAUAUGCUACAUGAAUGAAAUGAAUGUUUCAGAAGAAGAAGCAAGAAAACAUAUACAAGACAUUAUAAACAGUGCAUGGAGAAAGAUUAAUGGACACUGUUCAACUCCAAUUUCUUGGAUGGGACCAUUUUUUAAUCAAGCCAAAAAUGCAGCACGUGUGGCCCAUACUCUUUACCUAAAUGGCGAUGGGUUUGGUAUACAAGAUCGAGAUAUCAAAAAACACAUUUUAUCACUUGUUGUUGAACCUUUCUAAGGUUUUAAGAUUUGCAAAUCAGCAUUUUAGUGGAUGUAUUGCAUUAGAAUUUGAGAAUAUUUUUAGAUUUUUCUAUGAUAAAAAGUGCUUUGUGUUUAAUAUUCAAGAAUUUAAUGUAGAUUAUCUUUUAGUAAAUAUGUAGAUUUUGGUCAAUUCUGUCUAUUUGUAAGUAUUGGGUUUUUGAGAUUGGCUAAAAUUUUGCAAAAGCCAACCAGCCAGAUGCUGGAUCGCGAUGCUGUAGCAUCAUCGUACAGCAUCCUGAUACUCUGUUUUGCGCAGAAUUUCUUUUUCAAAUCAAAGGAAGAUUUAAGUCGUUUUUAUA